UUUCAUUGUGUCUACUCUACGCCACUCAUGAAUUCUGAACGCAUGUUUCAAUGUCAAGGUGAUGAUCUCACAUAUAUAAGACACCUUGAAUUACGAGUUAUCAGUCUAGAGAGCACCCUUCAUACGUCUCGUCCAAAUUCUCAAACAAAUCAGCAAAGAACAAGCGAACAGUCCGGAUCGUGCGAUGUCUGCAAAAACCACAACUAUUAUACCAAAUGUGGGAGCCAAUACAAUCCUCCUACCAUAACCAGGCACAAUAAUCGGUCAAGUUCGGGCGAAUCCUGCGAGGGGGCAUUGCAAGUUGUACUUGAGCAACCGGGCAGAGAAGUGCACCGCCCGAAGAAAGAUGCGAGAGAUCUAUCGAGCCUUUGUCUAAAAUUCAAGUCUCUACCCGAAUCUGAUCAUUGCAAAGCUUUAUUUUCUUUCAAUCAGGUACAACGACAAGAGAUCAUUCGCGACAUGAUAUGGGGAUUGACUCCGUCAAAUGACGACUUGUCAUACAAUCUGCCACCUGCGGAAUUCGCUUUCCGCAAGUUUAGCAAAUCCAUGCAGGGGACGGUAUCGGAACUGAGUAAUGAAGGAAUACAAAACAACAGACCAUUAACAUGCUUCCGAGAGCUUGUCUUCUGCUCCCUAUGUGCAGUUUCAGCCCAUAUUAUGAAGACCGAAACCGUUUACGCUGUUAUGCGAUUCGUUUUUGGGUCUGACGCCUGCACAGAACGAUUCCAAGCGCUGAUUCGUGGUUCUAAAUGGGCGAACCAAUUCAUUUACCGCCUAUCUAAGACUCAGUGUGGGUUACGUAGCUGGGACAUGAUCUAUACGCUUGGUCGCAAAGUCGACUAUUUCUGUCGUCACUCAACCGUUGAACCUCCUGUGUUGAUAUCGAGUCUUAAGAAAGACUUCGACCAAAAGGACUUUCCAGAAACAUCAGUUCCAUUUGCAAUUCCUUCUAUCAUCCAAAGGAUUUACGACUAUCACGUACCACUGGAAACCAUUUGUGAUGUGCUAGGGUAUUCAUUUUCAGAUUAUCAAAAACUUGAGCUCUCUGCUCUUGAACAAUUCCUCGUGGGGAUUUCCAAAAAACGAAAAGCGAAUGAAUCAGCCUUUCCCGAAGAUGAAUGCGAUGGAACUUCAACAACUUGGUCAAGCAGUACCGAGCCAACCAAUAGCGAGCCAAACGACGCCGGGCCAAACGACACCAGGCCAAACAAGAAACGGAAGAACGGGCCACCCGAAACUUCGUCGAAAAGGCGAUGUCGGGAUGUAUCAUCUGGCUCACCAGAAGGUGAUUAUUUUGAAACUUUGAAUGGAUCACAUUGGUCAAUCCAUGCCAUACCUACUCCAUCGGCACCAGGUUCAUGUUCAGAUUCUGUAAUGGAUGGACUUUUCGAGGAGUUCCCAACAAGUACAUCCAGUCCGACGGAAGGUUUACUGGACAUAGAUGCAAAUGAAGAGAUGGUAGGUUCCAGGGUCGGCUAUGCAAACCCUAGCCCCCUGACCAGCAACCACUCUGCACAACAGAGCAUACUUCCUCAGUCACAUGUUGAUCUAUUGUUUCAUCGGGGGGGGAACAUACCUGAUACCGCGCUGCCAAGGGAUCCACGUAGUCGAACAUCAGCUGCGGUAACAAUUCCCGAUUUCGAAUUGGAGACUCGUGCCGAUCAACCUUCUACAGCGAACCUUUGUUUCGCGAUGAAUGGGACGCUAGAUCUCGAAUCUAAUUCAUCAUCCAACAUGGCAACAUCAUCUGCCAGCACAACUCUCAGACGGACCUUUUCCCCCAAUAAUAUCGCUCAGCAGCAAGGGAGCAAAUCUGGGUUAUGCAACUUGCAAGUUAAUACAGUACACACCGAUAGUGAAGAAAGCCAUUCUCGAAUGGGGCAAAUCUACUCGAAGAACCUGUCUUGCAAUAGUGGGUGUGAGCCACACGAGUAUAAGAAUGAACAUGUCUCUCACACUCGUCCAUCACCACCAUCGACUGACUGGCCGCAACAAUACGGUUGGGACAUUGAUGAUAUACUGCAGCAAGGGCUUCCGGCGAAUAAUUCUCCACUGCCACCGUCGAUUGACUGGUCGCAACAAUACGGUUGGGACAUUGAUGAUAUACUGCAGCAAGGGCUUCCGGCGAAUAAUCCUCAACUGCCACCGUCGACUGACUGGUUGCAACAAUACGGUUGGGACAUUGAUGAUAUACUGCAGCAAGGGCUUCCGGCGAAUAAUUCUCCACUGCCACCGUCGAUUGACUGGUCGCAACAAUACGGUUGGGACAUUGAUGAUAUACUGCAGCAAGGGCUUCCGGCGAAUAAUCCUCAACUGCCACCGUCGACUGACUGGUCGCAACAAUACGGUUGGGACAUUGAUGAUAUACUGCAGCAAGGGCUUCCGGCGAAUAAUCCUCAACUGCCACCGUCGACUGACUGGUCGCAACAAUACGGUUGGGACAUUGAUGAUAUACUGCAGCAAGGGCUUCCGGCGAAUAAUCCUCAACUGCCACCGUCGACUGACUGGUUGCAACAAUACGGUUGGGACAUUGAUGAUAUACUGCAACAAGGGCUUCCGGCGAAUAAUUCUCCACUGCCACCGUCGAUUGACUGGUCGCAACAAUACGGUUGGGACAUUGAUGAUAUACUGCAGCAAGGGCUUCCGGCGAAUAAUCUUCAACCACCGUCGACUAGCUGGUGGCAACAAUGCACUUCCAACCUUCUACAGCAGGAUCUUUCGCUAAGCAGCCACUCGCCACUACCCUCUUUGGGCUCAGGCCAGGAGGCCGCCACAGCUAUCUCGGGUAAUUCCCCAGAGACCCGGUACCAUUUAUUAUUUCGUUCUUCACUUGUGUCCAGAGAGGGCAAUUCUUCUUGGGACUUGGAAAAUAGUCACCACGCCCUUGGAUUCUCGGACCCCAUCCACCAGAAUGCUUCUUAUUCCCCGAACAGGAGCCUUUCAGUAAUGUGA